GGAUGUUGGGGAACGCCACAACGGCAGUCAAAGUGGAAGUUGAAGCAGAGACCUCACCUUCACCUUCUUCUUCUUCUUCUUCCCCGCCGCCGUACUGUGACUGACACACAACUCUCUCUCUCUCUCUCUCUCUCUGAGUAGUAAGGUGGAGCUUCAUGUCGCUUUCUCUCUCUGGACCCUGAUGACGCCGUAUUGGUCGUCGUCGUCGUCUUCUUCUUGCUUGAGCUGAAUUUUCCUUCCCUUCAAAACCAUCUCUGCACGUCUCCCAAGGUCCUGCAAGUUUAAAACGGGCCAGUCAAACCUCAUCUUUCUCUCUCUCGAUCCCCGCCCGCCCCAAAUCAAGCUGCAGGUUCCAACUUCCAAAAUUUCUGCGAAAUCAGAUUGGGGAUUUUCUGCCGGGAAAGCUUCAGAUUUUCCCGGAAAAUGGGGGACUCGUCGGAGUGGAGCCGGGCGCUGAGCGACUCGCGAGGCAAGAUCAUGGCAGCCGGCCUCGUCGUCCUCUUCGUCGUAAUGGUCUUCGUCCUCUUCCUCCACCUCUACGCCAAGUGGUUCUGGUAUCGCCGCGAAGAAGAAGAAGAAUCAUCUUCCUCUGCCGGCACACGGCGGCGGCGGCGUCUAGACUUCACUCCCGGCUACCAAGACCCUGCGGUUGCCGGUGGCACCCGCCGGGGCCUGGAUCCUUCGGUUCUCAAAACCCUACCCGUUUUGAUCUUCAACCCGAAGGACUUCAGCGACGGACUUGAAUGCGCCGUUUGCCUGACGGAGCUCGCCGGCGGCGACAAGGCUCGGCUACUGCCCAAGUGCAAUCAUGGGUUUCACGUGGAUUGCAUCGAUAUGUGGUUCCAAUCUCAUGCCACCUGUCCGAUUUGCCGGAACCCCGUUUCCGCCCAAUCCCCGUCAGAGUUCCCCAGAUCGGAGACUCACCAGACGGAGUCGCCGAGUUUCCCGACGAAUGUCCUGUUUUGGGGGAACCAAACUCAGGUGAGUACUCUGGGAUCGGCUCUGGAAGAAGAUCGUCAAGCUUCGUCUUCUUCUUCUUCCUCUUCUUCUUCUUCUCCUCCUCCUUCUCAGGCAGAUGGGAUUCUGGUGAUUGACAUUUCAAGGCAGAUUCAGAUUGCUGACGAAGAAGAGCCGAAAUCGCCGGUGACGACCCGAUUGAGGUCGCUGAAACGGCUUCUGAGCCGAGACAGACGAGUGAAUCCUUGUGGCCCAAGUGUUGAUGCAGAACCAGCAAGCAGAGCUUGAGACGAGGAAUUGGAAAAAGCAAUCAGUUUUGGGUUGAUUUGGAGGUUUGAUCUGAGCAAGAAAUUAGAUUUAGAUCUCCACAGUGAAUGUUGUUUGUUUGCUGUUUCUGCAUUUGUUUGAAGAUCUCCCAAUUGAUUGGAAGAGCUGUGUUGUAUACUGUACAAAUUUAGAGUCCAUAUAGUUGUUGGCUAAGCUUGGCUUCUCUGUUUGAGAAGUUGGAACAAUCAAUCCAUCUUUCUCCUUCAGAAGAUGUGUAUCUUCUUCUUUCUCUA